AUGCUAUCUAUCUAUCUAUCUAUCUAUCUAUCUAUCUAUCUAUCUCAUUCUUUGUUCAUGUCUACCUCACUCUCUCUAUCUGAUAUUGUUCAUAUCUCUGUAUCUCUCACUGUUCAUAUCUAUCUAUCUAUCUAUCUAUCUAUCUAUCUAUCUAUCUAUCUAUCUAUCCCAUUAUCUGUUCAUAUCUAUCUAUCUAUCUAUCUAUCUAUCUAUCUAUCUAUCUAUCUAUCUAUCUCUCACUGUUCAUAUCUAUCUAUCUAUCUAUCUAUCUAUCUAUCUAUCUAUCUAUCUAUCUAUCUCAUUCUCUGUUCAGAUCUAUCUAUCUAUCUAUUUAUCUAUCUAUCUAUCUCUGUUCAUAUCUAUCUAUCUAUCUAUCUAUCUAUCUAUCUAUCUAUCUAUCUAUCUAUCUAUCUAAGCCUGUUCUAUCAAGGCUAUCUCCACUUUAAAACAUCUAUCUAUCUAUCUAUCUAUCUAUCUAUCUAUCUAAAAAUAACAAUCAUUUUUUUUACGAACUUACCAUUCUUUUGGCCAUCCUACCAUUCUUUUUUGCCAUCCUACCAUUCUUUUUAUCAUCCUACCAUUCUUUUUACCAUUUUACCAUUCUUUUUGCCAUCUUACCAUACUUUUUACCAUCCUACCAUUCUUUUUACGACCUUACCAUUCUUUUUACCAUCUUACCAUUCAUUUUGCAAUCUUACCAUUCUUUUUACCAUCCUACCAUUCUUUUUACGACCAUACCAUUCUUUUUGCCAUCUUGCCAUUCUUUUUGCAAUCUUACCAUUCUUUUUGCCAUCCUACCAUUCUUUUAAUGAUGUUACCAUUCUUUCUGCCAUCUUACCAUUCUUUUUGCCAUCCUACCAUUCUUUUUGCCAUCUUACCAUUCCUUUUACGAUCUUACCAUUCUUUUGCCAGCUUACCAUUCUUUUUGCCAUCUUACCAUUCCUUUUACGAUCUUACCAUUCUUUUUGCCAUCUUACCAUUCUUUUUGCCAUCUUACCAUACUUUUUACCAUCCUACUAUUCUUUUUAUGAUCUUACCAUUCUUGUUGCCAUCCUACUAUUCUUUUUACCAUUCUACCAUUCUUUUUUCCCAUCUUACCACUUUAACUGCAAUCUAUCUAUCUAUCUAUCUAUCUAUCUAUCUAUCUAUCUAUCUAUUUAUUUCAGUCUGUUCAUUAUCUAUCUAUCUAUCUAUGCUACAUGUCCUCUGAGUUCAUAUCUAUCUAUCUAUCUAUCUAUCUAUCUAUCUAUCUAUCUAUCUAUCUAUCUAUCUAUCUCUACAUUUAUUCAUAUCUAUCUAUGUAAAUACACCUCUGUUCAUCUCUCUCUCUCUCUCUCUCUCUCUCUCUAUCUAUCUAUUUGUCAGAGCCCCUUCAUCAAAAUCUAUUUAUUUCAACCUCUGGUCAUUUUCUAUCUAUCUAUCUUUCUAUCUAUCUAUCUAUCUAUCUAUCUAUCUCAACAUUUAUUCAUAUCUAUCUAUCUAUUCAUAUCUAUCUCAUUCUCAGUUCACAUUUAUCUAUCUAUCUAUCUAUCUAUCUAUCUAUCUAUCUAUCUAUCUAUCUAUCUAUCAUAUUACAUCGUUUUUUAUUUACACCGAUAUAGGCGUACAUCUAUCUAUCUAUCUAUCUAUCUAUCUAUCUAUCUAUCUCAGUAUUUUCGACUGACCCGCUCUCGUGAUCGUUAA